AUGACUAGUGAUCAGCAAUGGUGGGCGCAAUGGAGCCCUGAUGAGGUUUCUAUAGGUAAUAAGUCGGUUUCAGAUACGUGGAAAAUUUGUACCAUUCAGGGAGUUUAUUUUGGUGCCGAGAAGCCUUUUUCUGCUCAAGGCGCUCGAAUUUCUUCCAUCUUUGUCAUAUUUUUUGUCUCGACCAUUUGUACUCUAUUUCCAGUGACAGCGGCUAGGUUCAGGGGAUCGAAAGUUCUUAACCUGACGUAUCUGUUUGCCCGCUCCUUUGGCACUGGCGUCAUCAUUGCAACAGCUUUCAUCCAUUUAUUGGACCCUGCAUACAGUUCGAUUGGCUCUGUGAGCUGUGUAGGGCUAACAGGCCAUUGGGCAGACUAUCCAUGGUGUCCUGCAAUCGUUUUAGUGACAGUUUUUGUGACUUUCUUUAUUGACUUGGCCAGUGACGUGUAUGUUAACCGCAGGUUCGGUAAGCACCAUGGCGAAAGUAGUGUCACUGCUAAGAUAAUAAAAGAUGAUCAGAAGAACUCACAAGGGCAAGAAAGCUCAAGUCCGAGUCGUCAUUUUUUACCCAACUUAGGAGGUAAUGACGAGGGAAAUGAAAAUCUCUCCGAUACUUUGUCAAGUACUUGCUCUGAGCUUACAGCUCAACCAUUUGAAAAACAAAUUGGAGCCUUUUUAACGCUCGAGCUAGGAGUGAUUUUCCAUUCAGUGGUGAUUGGUCUCAAUCUUGGAUCAACAACGGACAACUUUUAUUCUCUUUACAUUGUGCUCGUAUUUCAUCAAUCUUUUGAAGGAUUGGGCAUUGGAGCACGGUUGUCCGCAAUAAAAUUUCCCGGAAAUAGAAGAUGGUGGCCCUAUGCACUCUGUGUUGCAUACGGAUUAUCCACUCCAAUAUCAAUCGCGAUUGGUUUGGGCGUAAGAAAUGUCUACAACGGUAACUCUUUCACUGUUCACAUUGUUUCCGGAACAUUGGACGCUGUCUCUACAGGAGUUCUGAUUUAUACGGGCCUUGUUGAGCUUUUGGCUCGUGAUUAUAUCUUCAAUAGAGAGAGAACGGAUAAUGUUUUGGCACUUAUGUUCAUGUUAAGCUCAACAGUUUUGGGUGCUGCACUCAUGGCGUUGUUGGGUAAAUGGGCCUGA